GAUGAUGACGGCCCCCGUGUGUGCGUUUCCAUCACUGUUGUUUUACAUAACGGAAACGUCUUCGGCUGACCCGUGAGACGCAUCUGCUGAAUGUAUUAAUGACGGCAACAGCGCCACCUGUCUGCUGGCUGGAGCAGCACGACACUAGCGAGGACGUCCUCCGCUUCUUCUUCUGCUUCUUCCGCCGCAUCUUCGGCCACAUUUUCUGCUUCUUCUUCUACUCUGUUUUUUUUGUUUUUUGGCCGUUGCGCAGUUCAUUGGACCAAACCACACUUUCCUUGCGGAUAGGGGGGGAGUUCGUCAAAUUUCAAGUGCCAACUUAAAUACGGCAAGGAUCCGUUCGACAUUGAUUUAUGUGCUUAAAUAAUUCUCAAACGAUAUUUCAAAAACGUCACACGUUUGCUUUCUCCGUGUAAAAUACAGGUGUACGCAGCUAGCUGUGGAUAGAUAAUGUACAAGCCGAUGUAUUGGUAUCGUCGACUGUCUGGGCUACCGGAACGAGUCUAUAUAUAGGUAUAUAUAUAUAUAGGUAUAUAGAUAUCUAUGGCCUUGUGAUUAUGCUUUCCGGGUCCUGCUAACAUUUCGUCGCAAGCUAAUGUCCGUUGUGAAUUGUUUUUAAAUCCUCGCGAAGCUGCUCUACAUCUAUUCUGCCGACAUGGCAGCAGGGAGCAGCGUAGCUCAGAAGACGUGGGAGCUGACCAACAGCAUGCAGGAAGUUCACAGCAUCGAGGAGAUUUACAAAUAUGACAAAAAGCAACAGCAGGAGAUCCUCGCUGCGAAGCCGUGGACGAAGGACCAUCACUAUUUCAAGUACUGCAAGAUUUCGGCUCUGGCGCUGCUGAAGAUGGUGAUGCAUGCCAGAUCUGGAGGCAACCUGGAGGUGAUGGGUCUCAUGCUGGGGAAGGUGGACGGCGAAACCAUGAUCAUUAUGGACAGUUUUGCCUUGCCUGUGGAGGGCACAGAGACCCGAGUCAAUGCCCAGGCUGCAGCAUACGAAUACAUGGCUGCCUACAUUGAAAACGCUAAACAGGUCGGUCGGCUAGAGAAUGCUAUCGGCUGGUACCACAGUCACCCAGGCUACGGAUGCUGGCUCUCGGGCAUAGAUGUAAGCACUCAGAUGCUCAACCAACAAUUUCAGGAGCCCUUUGUGGCCGUUGUGAUCGACCCCACUCGAACAAUAUCUGCAGGGAAAGUCAACCUCGGCGCCUUCCGAACCUAUCCAAAGGGUUACAAACCCCCAGAUGAAGGCCCCUCAGAAUAUCAGACAAUCCCCUUGAACAAGAUUGAAGACUUUGGUGUACACUGUAAACAGUAUUAUGCCUUGGAGGUUACCUACUUCAAGUCAUCCCUCGAUAGAAAGCUACUGGAGCUCCUUUGGAAUAAAUACUGGGUCAACACACUAAGCUCCUCAAGUCUUCUCACAAACUCCGACUACACUAUGGGCCAGAUCUUCGACCUGUCCGAGAAGCUGGAGCAGUCUGAGGCCCAGCUGGGUAGAGGCAGCUUCAUGCUCGGCCUGGACACACAUGAUAGGAAGUCUGAGGACAAGCUGGCCAAAGCAACACGAGACAGCUGCAAAACAACCAUAGAGGCAAUUCAUGGCCUGAUGUCUCAAGUCAUCAAGGACAAACUCUUCAAUCAAGUCAACAUAUCUUCCACCUAAACCUUAUCUCGCAGCCUUUUUGAGUUCCCUUUUGCAGUGUUUUUUUUCUUCUUUCUUAUGUACUAUUGCCAUUCUGCAAUAUCUUUAGCUCCUGACGUUAGCAAUAUCAUUUAAUUCACUUAGGGGUGCGUUUGUUCAUUUUUUUUCUGCUUAUGUCAAGCAUAUUGGGACUGUAAACAUAAUAAAUGAGGAAA